AUGGCAGCACAACGUUCACGAUGGCAGCACACCGUUCACGAUAGCAGCACGCCGUUCACGAUGGCAGCACACCGUUCGCAAUGGCAGCACAACGUUCGCAAUGGCAGCACAACGUUCACAAUGGCGGCACACCGUUUACGAUGGCAGCACAACGUUCACGAUGGCAGCACACCGUUCACGAUAGCAGCACGCCGUUCACGAUGGCAGCACACCGUUCGCAAUGGCAGCACAACGUUCGCAAUGGCAGCACAACGUUCACAAUGGCGGCACACCGUUGACGAUGGCAGCACAACGUUCACGAUGGCAGCACACCGUUCACGAUG